CCGCGCCCCGCGCGCUCAGAACAGUAUUGUUCUUUGCCUCCUCCUAUGAAUAUUCGUUUUGAAUCUAGUAACAUGAAGAAUGUCCUGCAUUGGUCACCACCAGAAGGUGUGGGAGAUGGAGUAUUCUACAGGGUGAAGUAUUUAGUAUAUGGCGAAAAUAAAUGGAUUAAAAAGUCAGAAUGCCAGAACAUCGAUAGAACAUGGUGUGAUCUCUCCAGUGAUACCUAUGACCAUGAAAAACAGUACUAUGCAAGUGUUAAAGCCUUCUUAGAAAGAAACUGUUCCAGCUGGGUAGAGACCGAACGGUUCAAUCCUCUCACAGACACCCAGAUUGAUCCACCAGCAGUCACUGUGUCAUCUACUGAAAAAUCAAUUUCAAUUGUUCUGACUGCUCCUGAGAAAUGGAAAAGAACUCCUGAGGACAAAUCUGUACCUUUGGUUCAUAUUUACUCUGUUUUGCAAUAUAAUGUGUCUGUCCUCAACAAAAAAACAAACAAGAAGUGGUGGUUUUCCAUUAAGAGCAACACGUUGAUUGUGCCCAGGUUAGAAUCCAAUACAGUUUACUGCAUCAGCGUGCAGACUUACGUUCGAAUACCUCAUUUGUUUAGUGGAUUUUCAGAAGAAAGUUGCAUUGCAACUCUGAAAGACCCAAAUGCAGAACAUGCCAUAACAGUCGUAUUUGGAUAUAUCCUGCCCAUCAUUCUGACAGCCUUCAUUCUCUCAAUGACAUACUAUGUUGUACACAGGUAUAUUCAUGUCAGCAAACAAAAGCACCCAGCAAACCUGGUAUUGAAGUACACUAAUAAAUGUGAUGAAAAUGUUUUUGUACCAACUGAAAAAAUGGUGGUCAACUUCAUCACCAUUAAUAUUGUGGAUGAGAACAAGGCUUCUCAGGAAACCAUUAACUUAAUGGGCAGGAGCAGCUGCAAAUACUAUAACAUCCAGGAUGAAAACAGACAUGAUAAUAAACCUCCAAAGGAAGGGUUGCUCUUGAAACACUUGGUUGAUUCUUCUGAAGGAGUAAAAAUUUUACCCAACUGUGACCAAGAUGGGAACUGGCCAUGCCAAGGCCAAGUUGGCAACCACUGUACUUUGGGUCAAAGAAAUGAAGAGGUCAUAGAAUAUGAAUGUGAUGUGAGGCCUGCUGACCUCUUUUCUAUGCAGAAACUGGAGGAUCUCAGUGUGAAAGUGAAAUCUUCUGCACUAGGGGAACUGCUAAAUAAGCCCCAGAUUACAUUGGAUGACUUGGACCUUGAUAAAAUAAAACUGCCAUACUGUCCCCAACUUAAUGAAAGGACUACAGACACUUGUUCAGUGCAGAUAUUAAAAGAACUCAAAUGUAAUACACCAGAGGAGCUAUCCCCUGAGACAGCAACUGAGCUGCUAAACUUGGGCACUGAAAAAUCAGGACAAUUACCAUUUCCUCACUUAAGUACAAUAAGCCAGGGCCCCCAGGACCCAAUGGUGAUAGAGGAUGUAAAAAAGGAAGAUGAACAGACUAUAUUAGUAGACUGGGAUCCUCAUACUGGAAAACUGUAUAUAUCUAGUUUGUCCAAUUUUGAAAGUGAUGCUUGUGAAGAAAUAUUUGAACAUGAAAAGUGUGAUGAUCCAGCAAAAGAGGGGCUUUUGUCCAGACUGUAUGAGAGGCAGGUAUCUGAUGAGCCCUCAGAGGACCAAGAAAUAUACCUCCAAAAAUUUAAGGAACAAUGGGGACUGCAUGUAAAAAUGGAAGACUGAGAAGAGUCUUUAAAGAUCUUAAAAUGAGCUCCAUUUCAUCAACCUGCUGGAUACUAGAGAUCAGGGACUAAACAUAGACAUUGGAUUUUUGAUACAUUACAAUCUGCCUGGCAACUGACUCCCCAG